CAUGCACACAUUUAUAUGGGCCUUUUUUUAAUUGUCUUUCAUCACCAACAUGUAGGGGUUGAAAAGCAGGGGGAAUUUGCGUCUGAAACAGUUCUGGAAGAGCUGUUCCUGGAAUUUUUUUCUGUUAUCAGAAACUUUUUUCCCUGCCCACCCAGUAUGAAUGGGGUGUGCUUCAUCAGCAGGUUCCAGUCUUGCUCUGUUUUACAGGCUAUGGAUUUUGAAUCAAAGAAUAGUUUCAUAGGAAGCUUUCUUCAGCCACCAGAUAGGAUGCUUCCUGCAGGCUUUGCUUGUACAGAAUCAAAAAAGUUGGCAGCUGUUGGUGGUGACAGGCCUUCUAUCUCCAAUAACCAAGCUGUAGUUGCAGCUGUGAAAACUCUUCAGGAAAAGAUCUACCGUCUAGAGUUAGAGAAGUCGAAGGCUGAAGAUAAUCUAUGCAGCCUCUCCAUAGCAGCUGCGCAGUAUAAGGCGGCAGUAGAGCAUGAAUCCUACAAAAAGGACACAGCACGUGAAGAACUGAUGCAACAGGGAAAAGAUGUGAGCGUGCAGUUAAAUGCAGCACAAUCCCGCUGCUCCCUGCUGGAGAAACAGCUGGAUUACAUGAGGAAAAUGGUCUCCAGUGCAGAACUGGAAAAUAAAAUGGUUUUAGAACAACAGGCCCAGCUUCAGAAAGAGGAAGAUCAGAACUGGCUGAAACUGCAUGCAAAACUUGAAAAGCUUGAAAUGCUAGAAAAAGAGUGCCUUAAACUUACUGCUACUCAGAGAAUUGCAGAAGACAAGAUCAAACACUUAGAAGAAAAGCUUUGUGAAGAAGAGCAUCAGCGUAAGCUAAUACAAGACAAAACUGCUCAGCUUCAAACAGGAUUUGAGAUAAACAGAAUUUUGUUGUCUUCAGUGACAUCUCAAAAUGAACCUAAAAAGGAAAACGUGAAGAAGAAAAAAACUAAGAAGAGAAAUCCUACUGUGAAGAAAAUGCACCUUUCACAAUUACAUGUAAGGGCUGGUGAACUACCUUUUGUGGCUGGGAAGUCUGUCAGCUCCAGCCAUUCUGUUAGUGCAAACGUUCAAAGUGUGUUGCACAUUAUGAAGCAUCGCAAUCCAUGUAUCUCAUCACGAAGCCAAGGAGGAGCUACAUGUGGGAUUUCAGGACACACUGCACUUUCAAAAUCGAUACCCUCUUGUUCCACAUCACCUACUGCCACCAGAAGCCUUUCUGACCUUCUGCUGGCCAUACAAGAUGAGCUGGGCCAAAUGAGCUUUGAGCAUCAAGAACUUCUGAAGCAGAUACAGGAGACUCAAGACUCCAAAGUUCAUGAACACCUAGAACGGGAGCUGGGUUGCCUUGUAAAACAAAUGGAGAUUAAAGGAGAACAAAUAUCCAAGCUGAAAAAGCAUGAGGCUACUGUGCAGAAAUUAAAGAAAAAAACUCAGAAAUUGAAGCAAGGGGCAGCUCAGGUCAAACUGAAGUGUGGUGACCAAAAGGAAGCAAAAGAGACUGCAGUCACUGUAAGGGAAAGUAUGUGUAAAUCUUGUCCUGGGCAGAAAAGCAGAAGCUCUCUUCAGCUGCUAAAAAAUAAUAGUAUGCCAUCUUUGAUGUCCCAUUCCCCCUGCUGCCAAAGAGAUACUCAGAGCUUACUUUUUGAGAAUGGCUUGGGCUAUUGCUUCUGUUCAAAUAAAAACAGUAGUUUUCCUUCUCCCUAAAAACUGAAGAUUCAGAUCAUUGCAACUGAGGCAGAAGAAGAGGUAUUGUCUCUUAUUUAUAUACUUUUUCACUAUAAUUAAUGUUAUUACUCUAUAAGCAUUAUUGAUAGUUUUCGGGACAGGUAGGGGCUGGCAUCCCAUGACUUGGUUAAAUCAUAAAAACAUGACAGUGUUCUUGAUGAGUGCAUGGAAAGGGCCACUACCAAAAGCUUGGGUGCUUGUCUUCUCGUCAGCAGAACCUGUUUCUAUCACAAUAUGAAAAAAUUGAGCUGUCACAAAGGAGACCUUGAGCUGCUACUAGUAUAUAUUGUGGAAUUAGUGUACUCAAUACAAAUGCGAGACGGAUGUUUAUGCUGAUGGUGAGUCUGCUCUUUUCCAUCCCCCACUAUGUACAUAUGGUAAAAGACAUAACAGUGGCCUCAAAUCAACACUGGUUGUUUAAUUGCAGUAAAUUCUUGUCUUGAGGCUACUGACUGACACUGCUUUUCCUGGGUGUUCGCAUAUGUGAGAAAAAAAUAGCUUUUUGGGGAUGUGUCAAUGAAAUUCUGCUGCAAGAAUGAGAGAGAGAAGGCAGUGGUAAGAAUAAAAAUUUGAGUCAUGCUCUGUUAUCAAGGGUUUUGAAUAAAGGCUAGUAAUGAUGUAUGGUCCUAAGAGACAGCUGGGCCUUUGGAUUGGUAAGUUUUGCUCUGGCACCUUUCAAGACAAAGGAUUAAAAAAAAAAGAAAAUCAGAAAGUCAAUUUAAAUUUAGAAUAGACUUAUAGUCUUUGACAGGAGUUGGUUUUGUGAGCAUUUAGGGGUGAGGGGUGAAGUUUAUAUGCCCUAAACGUCUUUAGCAGAACUGUGGAAGACCAGGUUCUUCAGUUGAUAUUCAGGGAUGUGUUUCCUCCACUGUGUGAAAUUGUAUAGUCAUCCUUCUUACUUACGGA